AUGUCUUACGCCGACGUUGCUGCCAGUGGCCCCAAGCAGAGCCCCGAGGAGGCUGCUGCCCCUCAACCUCCUCAGGUCAUCACUGACGAGUCCGCCUCCACCGCCUCUUUGGUCGAUGUUGAUAUGCCUAGCGUGCACACUGUCCCCAACGACUUCCUUGAGCAGGAGAUCAAGACAGAGACCCAGGCUGCUCGCGUAGAGCGAGAAGAGGAGGCGCGCGAGGAGAAGCGAAAGCGUAACGAGGCUGCCGCCAAGGCCAAGAGCGCCGACAACUGGCUCAUCCAACAAUUUUCUCGCCUGUCAGACGGAAGUGCUACUGGCCUCGUUAUUGCCAACUUUGCUACCGUCGUUGGUCUGGGAGCAUACCUUGGCUACAAGGGUUGGGGUCUCUACGAGAAGGGCAAACUUGACUGGAAGGCCGUCACUCUCGGUGCUGGGAUCCUCGCUGGUGUGACAGCUGCCGAGGGUGCUGUUGGACGAUAUCUGUACAAGGGCAAGAAGGGCGGCAACUAA